GUUUGUACGGUCUGAUCUAACGCGCUGGAGGGUUCGAAUAUAAAGACAGACGAGGACGCUCUCCGUCGCUCACCCUUUCUUCCCCUCCAUCACCUCGCUGCCAUCGUCGUCGCCGCCCUCGCUCUUUUGCGACCCCCCGCCUAAACUAGCCCUUUUGGGUCUUUCCCCCAUCUCCCUCGCCCAGUGCGAACAAUCAACUUCAUGUCGGACAACAACGUCGAGAAAGAGGCGGGCCCCCCUCAGGAGUCCAGCCCUGUAGUAGACUCUCAAGAGCCCGAGAAGAGGAAGAGGGAGUACAAGGACUUUGGUCAUGAAGAAGAAGGCCCUACUCGUGAGUAUAUGCGCUUUUCCCAGACAGCCGGGAGCUCAUCUCUGUUAUCGCUUCCAGAUGCUAAGGUGGAUAUGGAAAAGAUCCAACUCAAGGCCGAGGAUCUCUACGACAAGGAAAAGGUCGACCUAGAAACUAUCGUCGUCGACGAUGUCUUCAAACUGCUUCAGACUGACGAGAAUGGGCUCACUACUGAGGAAGCCCAGCGUCGUCUUGAGAUUUUCGGUCCUAACAGACUUGAGGCCGAGGAACAGAACCCUUUCCUUCAGUUCCUCAGUUUCAUGUGGAAUCCUCUGUCCUGGGUCAUGGAAGCCGCCGCUCUGGUUGCCAUCGCUCUCUCCAACGGUGAGGGUCGCGCCCCUGACUGGGAAGAUUUCGUCGGUAUCGUCCUCCUUUUGUUCAUCAACUCUGCCAUCGGUUUCUACGAGGAGCGCAAUGCUGGCAAUGCUGUCAAGGCUCUUAUGGAUUCCCUCGCCCCCAAGGCCAAAGUCAAGCGUGACGGAAAGUGGCAGGAGAUCGAGUCUGCUGAGCUUGUUCCCGGUGACAUGAUCUCUUUUAAGAUCGGUGAUAUCGUCCCCGCCGACUCUCGUCUUACCGAGGCCAUCAACGUCUCCAUCGAUCAGGCUGCUUUGACUGGAGAGUCCUUGCCUCAGAGCAAGAAGACUGGUGACCAAUGUUUCUCUGGCUCUACCUGUAAGCAGGGUGAGGCCGAGGGCGUUGUCAUCUCCACCGGCCCUAACACUUUCUUCGGUCGUGCCGCCUCGCUCGUCGGUCAGGAUGACGACACUACUGGUCACUUGCAAAAGAUUCUUGCUCAAAUCGGAUCCUUCUGCUUGGUCGCCAUCGGUAUCUUCGUCAUCGCUGAGAUCUUCGUCUUGUACGCCGGUUUCCGUUACAGGUACCGUCGUGGUCUUGACAACAUCCUCGUGCUCUUGAUCGGUGGUAUCCCCAUUGCUAUGCCCACUGUUUUGUCCGUCACUCUCGCCGUCGGUGCCCAGCAAUUGGCCAAGUACAAGGCUAUCGUCACUCGUAUCACCGCCAUUGAGGAGUUGGCUGCUGUCACCAUCCUUUGCUCUGAUAAGACCGGUACACUCACCACUAACAAGCUUACCAUCGAUCGCAACACCGUCCGCACUUACGGACCCUUCUCCGCUGAGGAUGUUAUUCUCCUCGCCGCCUAUGCUUCCCGUACCGAGAACCAGGAUGCCAUCGAUCAGUGUGUCGUUGGUGCCCUCGGUGACACUGCUCGCGCUCGUGCUGGUAUCAAGCUCCUCGACUUCAAGCCCUUCAACCCUGUCGACAAGCGUACCGAGAUCACCUACCGUGAGGAGGCGACUGGCAAGCUUAAGCGUGUGACCAAGGGUAUGACCGGUAUCAUUAUCGAGCUCUGCACGCGAAACAAGACCGAGGAAAUCGAGAACCGUCUCGAGGCCGACGUCGAGGAGUUCGCUCAGCGCGGUCUCCGUGCUCUCGCAGUCGCCUACGAGGAGGUCGACGGUGAUGAUCCCGAGGGCGAAGGUAAUGGCUUCGAGCUUAUUGGUCUUCUUGCCAUCUUCGACCCUCCCCGUGAGGAUACCAAGCAGACGAUCGAUGACGCUAUGGCACUCGGUGUUAAGGUCAAGAUGGUGACUGGUGACCAGCUUGCUAUCGCAAAGGAGACAGGCCGUCGUCUUGGUCUCGGUGACCAUAUGUAUCCUGCCAAGGUUCUCAAGGAAGGCCCAUCCCCUGACUCGAAGUUCAGGUCUCUUGACGACAUGAUCCUCGAUGCUGACGGUUUUGCUGGAGUCUUCCCCGAGCACAAGUACGAGAUCGUCAAGCGUCUGCAGGGUCUUGGUCACCUUUGCGCCAUGACUGGUGAUGGUGCCAAUGACGCUCCUGCCUUGUCCCGUGCCAACGUCGGUAUCGCCGUCGAGGGUGCUACCGACGCUGCUCGUGGUGCCGCAGACAUUGUCUUGACUGAGCCCGGUCUUUCCACUAUUGUCCACGCCAUCCGCGGUUCUCGUAUCAUCUUCCAGCGUAUGCGUAAUUAUUCAAUCUACGCUUGCGCUGUCACCAUCCGUAUCGUUGUCUGCUUUGCUAUCCUCGCGUUCGCUUUCAAGUUCGAUUUCCCUCCAUUCAUGAUCCUGAUCGUCGCUCUUCUCAACGACGGUACCAUCAUGACCUUGUCCGUCGAUCGCGUCUUGCCAUCGAGCACUCCAGACAGUUGGGAUUUGGCAGAGAUCUUCGCCUACGCUGUUGCGUAUGGCAUCUAUCUCACCUUGUCUACCAUUGCACUUGUCGCCAUUGCCAUCCGCACGACAUGGUUCUUCGAUGCCUUUGGCGUUACCCUCACGAACGGUGCCACGUCCGCUGCCGGCAAUCACAAUGACCCUCAACUUCACAUGGUCGUCUACCUCCAAGUUGCCAUUAUCUCGCAGGCUCUCAUCUUCAUCACCCGUUCGCAUAGCUUCUUCUUCAUGGAGCGCCCUUCCUUCGCCCUGAUGUUCGCGUUCGGUCUGGCUCAACUCGUUUCCUCCAUUAUUGCUGCAUACGGUGACUGGGGCUUCACCCAGAUUCACAGUAUCUCUGGUGGCUGGAUUGGUAUCGUCUGGGUUUGGAACAUUGUAUGGUUCCUUCCCCUCGACCUUGUUAAGUUCGGGAUGAAGGCCACGAUCAUCAAGUACCUCCGUGAACGUCACAUCAAGGCUCUCGCGAAGGAGACUGCGGAAGGUGUCCCCAUCGUUCGCACUCAGUCUCGCGUGGCGUCGAUCAAUGAGAGCCUUUACAGGAAUCGUGUGUCCUUCAUUCGUCGCGCAGCACGCAAGGUUGGGUUUGGUCAAAAGGUGUCCGUCAGGCCUGAGGAGCUGCAACGAUUCAGCAGCAUCCAGGCAGCACGCACUGGCGCCACGCUCGCUCGUCACCCCUCUAGAACUGCUCAGGCAGCAUAGACAGUGCAGCGUAAUAGACGAUCCGGCCCCAUACGCCUUCACCUUCUCCCUCAAUUUCAUGAUAUCUCAAGACUCGAUGCAGCAGCCUGGUGUCCAACACUCCCUAUUUGUACCUUUGUCUCGUAAUUUCCCUCCGCUUGUUGUAGCUUACACCUGGAUACCCACUCGCUUGUCAGUGUCAGCCUUUACCGUAUCGUGUUAGUUCUGCAAGAGCAAGAGUAGGUUGGCGUUCUGGUCGUCUUGUCAGGUUCGCUCGCUCCCAUCAUAAUAGACUUCUAUACAUAUAUUCUUCGAUUUUGUUUUACGUUUUGACGUGUUUACGACCUUGGGUAUGCGUUUCUUCACUCUCGUAUUUACCAUGACCAUCAGUAGCGCGUAGCACAGGCAACCGCAAGACGAUCCUUACACUAAUAUUUUACCGGAACACACAAAACUAAUAGACAUGUUUCCUGUACCAUCGUUAAACCUCUGCAAGACUGCUGUCGAUUGAAUGC